AUGAACAACGUAGUAGAGAAAACUAUAUUUGGAGCACAUAAUCCUGAGACUGGGAGGAUCUCUGAUUUAGAUCAGCUAGUGUGGCUUCUCCAGGAUCAGACUCUUAUGACAGUUCCACUGACUGACUCUGUGAAAUCAGUCACUAUCACUGUCAUCCCGAGCAAGUAUCCAGAGUCCCUUGAGCAAGACAAAGGGAAUCCCAUUUAUAUGGGAAUCAAGAGUCCAGAUAUGUGUCUGUUUUGUGAGAGUAUUAAAGGACAGCCCAUGCUGAAGCUGAAGGAAGGAAAUGUUUUAGAUCUGUACAACCAAGCUGAGCUGGUGAAGCCCUUCCUUUUUUACCACAUCAUGACGGGUAGUACAUCCACCUUCGAGUCCGUGGCCUUCCCAGGCAGCUUCAUUGCCUCCUCCAAGAAAGGCAAGCCAAUCGUCCUCACUUCAGACCAAGGGAAACAUUACAACACUAACUUCCAUUUAGAUUUAAAGAAUUGA